UAAAUAAAUUUUACAGAAUAAACAAUUUGAAAAGAUGGAUUAUAACUCCCUUACCUUUUAUAUGUACCUUUUAUAUAUAUUUACUACUACCUGAAAGUAAUGAAUUUUCCUAUUCCCAUGGAUUUUAUUUUCCCCCUCCACUCGCGUCUAGGACACACCAUCCUAAAAUAUUUGGCGCGUCAGUUUAUAUUCGAUUAGUUCGUCCUUAGGAAUCGCAUUGAGCAGAGUUUUUAUUUAGUAAACUUGACAAUUAUUUUGUUUUCCUUUUUUUUAUCGAAUAAGCAAAUUUUUAUUUAUUCAAUCUCUGUCGUUAAAAAAAUUUUUAUUUCUAAAGUAUAAAUAUAAUUGUGGACGAAUAAAAUAAAGAUAAAGAUAUUUUUAUUCAAGGAGAAAAGAAUCAAGUGAAAUUAUAAAGAUCGCGACUUUAACUAUUCCUUUGAAAAGAUACGUGACUAUCGAAAUUUUAAAAAGGUAUAAAUACAGUGUUUGUCAUUUAUCACGAGUGAGAAAAAAAGUGAAUUUCAUUUAGUGAUUGAAUAUUAAUAAAAAAAAAACAAAGAUGUGGAAUGGAUAUUUAGAAUGGGUACCAUUAGAUUAUUAUUACUACCCACAACAAGGAACGUACGAAAAUUAUUAUUCUUCAAACUGUCCUAUUAAUCCUACAUAUGAAAAUUUCCAAACUAAUAAUCCGCAAUAUUAUUAUCAAUCAUCGUGUACAAACACAAAUACAAAUUUUGACUUAAACAAUGAUUUAAAUCAGUUAAUGAAUAAUGAAAUAAUAAAUAAUGAACAAAGUGAACCUGUUUUCCAAAUGUUUUCGGGAAAUGUCGAAGACAUGACUAUGAGGCAAUAUGAAUAUGAGCAAUUUAUAUUAAAUGAACUAUGGCAGAGCAAUUACACACAGACCCUUAAAGGUGAUCCAAUACUUCAUUGGACCAUAAUGCAAGGUCUUGUAGAGUCUGCAUGUACCAUGAUAAAAACGACACCAGAAUAUGAUCUUUUAAAUAUCUUGAAUAGUGAUGGUCAAUCACCUUUGCACCUGGCCGUACUGGCAAAGCAACCGAGGAUUAUUAGAGAAUUAGUUCUGGCUGGUGCAAAUCUAGAAGUGACAAAUUUUCGUGGAAACACACCGCUUCAUUUGUCAUGUUCGAUCGGCGAUUUUCAAUCGGCAUAUGCCCUCAUUAGUCCUUUAAAUCCAAUGGAAUAUUAUUAUCUUCGUCCUGGAAGAAAGGUGCCCACCUUACCCCAAAAUUUUGAAUUACGGAAUUACGAAGGACAAAUGUGUAUACAUAUUGCCGCUUCAUCGAAUUAUCUAGACCUUGUACGACUUCUGGUAGAUUAUGGUGCGAAUACUGAGGCCAGGGAGGGUUUGACAGGAAGGACUGCUCUUCAUAUAGCUAUAGAACGAGGAUAUGAAUCAAUGAUUACGUUUCUUCUUCAAAAAAGUGAAAGUUGUUUAAGGACAAAAACCUAUGGUGGAAAGACGGCAUAUCAGUUAGCUCGAAGUUCUAACAGUAAAUAUACAAAAAUAUUGUCAAAGAAACGUUAACGAAUUAUCUUCUUGAUUUUGACAACAAUGAUUUCGCGAUUAAUCAAUAAUUUUAAGAAAAUUAUUAAUUUUUGUUGUAUAACUACUAAUUAAUUAAUAUCAGUUAAUAUUUAAUUGCUAUCAAUUGUAAAUUAA